AUUGUGGGAUUGGGUGAGUCUCAAGAUGGACAACCGGGAUGUUGCAGGAAAGGCUAACCGGUGGUUUGGGGUUGCUCCUCCCAAGUCUGGAAAAAUGAACAUGAACAUCCUUCACCAGGAAGAGCUCAUUGCUCAGAAGAAACGGGAAAUUGAAGCCAGAAUGGAGCAGAAAGCAAAGCAGAAUCAGGUGGCCAGUCCUCAGCCCCCGCAUCCUGGCGAAAUUACGAACGAACACAACUCUUCCGUUUCCAACAAGUUUGCCAAUGAUGGCAGCUUCUUGCAGCAGUUUCUGAAGUUGCAGAAGGCACAGACUAGCGCAGAUGCCCCCCCCAGUGUGCCCAGCGCCCCACCACGAGUACUCCCCCGUGUUGGGAAGAGGCCUCCCCUCAUCAGCAGCCCACUGAGUCAGGUGAAGAACUACGUGCAUGCUAAGCAGCUGCCCCUGGCCAGCCGCCCAAGUGUCUUCCAGUCUCCCGAUGAGGAUGAGGAGGAGGACUAUGAGCAGUGGCUGGAGAUCAAAGUUUCACCCCCAGAGGGAGUCGAGACUCGGAAAGUGAUAGAGAAAUUGGCCCGCUUUGUGGCAGAAGGAGGUCCCGAGUUAGAAAAAGUAGCUAUGGAGAACUACAAGGAUAACCCGGCAUUUUCGUUUUUGCACGAUAAGAAUAGCAGGGAAUUCCUCUACUACAGAAAGAAGGUGGCUGAGAUAAAAAAGGAAGCACAGAAGUUGCAGACAAACUCUCAGAAAGUUUCACCCCCAGAGGAUGAAGAGGUCAAGAACCUUGCAGAAAAGUUGGCCAGGUUCAUAGCGGAUGGGGGUCCCGAGGUGGAAACCAUCGCCCUCCAGAACAAUCGUGAGAACCAGGCAUUCAGCUUUCUGUAUGAACCCAGCAGCCAGGGGUAUAAGUACUACCGCCAGAAGCUGGAGGAGUUCCGGAAAGCAGUGGCGGGCCCCACAGGCACCCAGAUAGUGCCCGACCUCUGCCCUCAGCGCAGACCCCCUCCUGAGACCCCAUCAGGAUCUGUGCUUUGCACUGCUGCCUGCCCCACUUCAUCUACCCCCUCGCCUGCUGUCACCGCAGCUCCAGCUGCCCCUGGAAAGCCAGCCACCACAGCCACUGUGAAGAGGAAGCGAAAGAGCCGAUGGGGGCCAGAAGAGGAUAAGGUGGAGCUCCCACCUGCCGAGCUGGUGCAGAGAGACGUGGACACCACCCCAUCACCCCUGUCAGUUCAGGACCUAAAGGGGCUAGGCUAUGAGAAGGGGAAGCCCGUGGGUCUAGUAGGUGUCACGGAACUGUCAGACGCCCAAAAGAAGCAGCUGAAGGAACAGCAAGAGAUGCAGCAGAUGUACGACAUGAUCAUGCAACACAAGCGUGCAAUGCAGGACAUGCAGCUGCUGUGGGAAAAGGCACUGCAGCAGCACCAGCACGGCUAUGACAGUGACGAGGAGGUGGAUAGUGAGCUGGGUACCUGGGAGCACCAGCUACGGCGCAUGGAGAUGGACAAGACUCGGGAGUGGGCUGAGCAGCUGACAAAGAUGGGCCGAGGGAAGCACUUCAUCGGGGAUUUUCUGCCACCGGAUGAGCUGGAGAAGUUCAUGGAGACCUUCAAAGCCCUAAAGGAAGGCCGUGAACCCGACUACUCCGAGUACAAGGAGUUCAAGCUGACUGUGGAGAACAUUGGCUACCAGAUGUUGAUGAAGAUGGGCUGGAAGGAGGGUGACGGGCUAGGCUCAGAGGGUCAGGGCAUCAAGAACCCAGUUAACAAGGGCACAACCACAGUGGAUGGCGCUGGCUUUGGCAUUGACCGGCCAGCAGAGCUUUCUAAGGAGGAUGAUGAGUACGAGGCCUUCCGCAAGAGGAUGAUGCUGGCCUACCGCUUCCGGCCCAAUCCCCUGAAUAACCCCAGACGGCCUUACUACUGAGUAUUCUGGAGAAACACACAAAUAUAUUUUCCAGACGACCAACCAAACGUUAUUGGACUGUAGAGUGUUUUGGACUGCAUUUCUGCCCUCCCUCCCCAUUGUCUUGAGUGUCAUGCUGUGUAUUAAAGUCCCAGUGCUUGCCCACUGUGGGAGCCUAGUUGUGCCA